AUGAAAAAAAGCGGGUGGCCGGGCGGCGCGACGUGCGCCGUGGUGGGCGGCGUGGGCGUGCCGGAGGCGCCGCAGCUGCCGUCGCCGGCGUCGCAGAGCGCCGUGCUCGUCAGCGCGGAGAGCCUGUCCCAGUCGCAGUCGUCGCCGUCUCGUCAGCUGACGGCGCUCAACCGCAGCCUCUCGUCGGGCGCGGCCUCCCCCACCCACCAGGCGCCCGCCAUCCCCGUCAAGAACUCGUCGCCCUCCGGGUUGCCCUCGCCCACCGCGAUGAUGUCGCCGGUCCUCUACAGCACGGCGGCGCUCAAGAGGCCCUCCAGGAUCGACCAGCUGCAGGGCGAGUGGCGCCAGAUGGGCACGGACGCACUGACGACUACGCUGUCGGCGCUGUACGGCAAGCUGCUGGUCGUCAUGGGCAUCGCCUUCCCCAUGGCGGAGGUCAUCUCCACCUACAUACCGCCAUCCUUCUACGAGGGCUUUUACCUGUACCUGUACUUCGGCAGCAUGGUCUUCCUCAUCUACAUGUACGCGAUGCUGCUGCGAGAGAGGGCGUCCCAGUCCGUGGCCAGCUCCUUCAAGCGGACGCAGACGCAGAGCUCGGUGUCUGUGGACUCGGGGUCGGAGGAGAGCGGCGACACGCGCCAGCACACGGACACCGAGCUGAGCACGGCGGCCGGCAGCCAGGGCCGCGGGCGCUCCGCCACGCCGCUGCGCCAGCAGGCGACGCACCUGCCGCAGCACCACUACGGGUCCUUCUACCUGCGCAUGGGCGCCGUCGCGUUUGGCAUCGGCAGCAUGAUCUACUCGGGGCUGGAGUUCGGCCAGUACUUCGAGCUGGAGCGCAACACCAAGUGCCAUAACGUGCUGCUGGCGCUGACCCCGGCGACGCGGAUGGCCUUCAUCUUCAUCCAGAUGUACUUCAUAUUCCUCAACAACGAGCAGAUGAAGGUGUACAAGCACCGCGCCCUCGCCCGCUUCGGCCUGAUGCACAUGAUCGGCACCAACCUCUCCGUCUGGCUCAACGUGCUCAUCCAGGAGACCAAGCACGAGAUCCUCACCUUCUACAGCCCCGAGAACAAGACGCUCGGCAUCCAGCACCGCCUGCUGAAGCUGGCGGCGGUGACGUCGGGCGGCGGGGUGCUGGCGGCGGGGGCGCACCACCGUGUCGCGCGCGGCCUCAAGGGCCCGCACCACAUCUACGAGUGCCGGCGCACCAACAUCAUGGGCUCGCUGGUCCAGGACGCCUCGCCCUUCCUCUUCCCCUGCACCAUCGAGUACAGCCUCAUCUGCGCCGCCAUCCUCUACGUUAUGUGGAAGAACAUCAGCCGCCUGCAGAUCUCGUGCGGCACGGGCAGCGGCGGGGUUCGCGCGGGGCAGCCGCCGGGCGCCGGGCUGGCGCACCAGGCGUACAAGCGGCCGCCCCACCACUACUCGGUGGACUGCGCGCGCGCCCACAAGGGGCUCUUCGUCGGCAUCCUGGUGCUGGUGCUCACCAUCAUCUCGCUCAUCCUCUUCUUCGUGCUCAUCUCCAAGCCCGAGUUCGUCGGCCUCGCCGUCAUGGAGGUCAACAUCUGCGAGCUCACGCUCUACACCACCACCACCGUCGCCACGCUCGUUGGCAUGGUCCAAGUUCGCCAACUGAAGUACGACGGCUGUCGCAACCUGGAGCUGGACAACAUCCUGCUGGUGGGGGCGCAGACCGGCAUGUUCAUAUACAGCACGUUCACCAUCAUCGGUGGCCACUUCACCAUCGAGAAGAACACGGUGCUGGUGCUCAUCACGGCGCUGGCGUCGCUGGUGCAGACGACGUGCCAGACCAUGUUCGUGCUGGACGCAUCACGGCGCUCGUGCGCCACGCCGGACCAGAUCCGGCGCAAGCCGGGCCGCGAGCUGGUCACCUUCCUGCUGGUCACCAACCUCGCCAUGUGGGCCAUCAACACGCUGGAGAAGUCGCGCGCCGAGUCGCACCCCAUCCAGCUGCACUUCUACGGGCUCUGGGCGUGGACCAUCAUCACGCACGUGUCCAUGCCGCUCGCCAUCUUCUACCGCUUCCACUCGACCGUCUGCCUCUGCGAGAUCUGGAAGCGCGCCUACAAGAUGAAGCCCACCUACAUGUAACCACUCCUCCGGCGUCACUUCCUCGCGCAACAGGCUGCCGCCAUCUUCACUUCUCACGCGAGGGUGUCGCGGCGCGUGUGACGCUCCUCGGGGACCGAUUUGGUGUAGGCCUGUAUCUCGUUGGGAUGUCACUGCAGCCCCCCUAACAGUAUUGUGGGAAUACGUGUGUUCUGCUGGACAGUAUCAGCAUUCAUUGCCAGGCCCAUAACGACUAUAAGCAACUAGUCCCAGUGAAGAAUUCGGCUGCUCUCAAGCAUCUUCCAUAUGGCAAAACUAACAUCGGAGUGCAAUACUGGUACACUCACUUGGCGUACUGCUAGCCACUCCCGCUUUGGCAGCAACUGUAUCAGUAGAGAGAGAGACAGCGCAUCUUGAUUAUAAUACGGGCCUUACAGGAAUUUUCAGGCGUAACUUUUUCUCCACGUCGAGCGGUAAUGUAUAUAAACCUGGUGGAUGGAUAAUAGAUCUGCCACGGUUUUUACCUGUCUACGGGGAACGUAAAGCAACUGAGGACUUUUUUAGCUUCUCGGCAACAGCCGCAGAGGGCUACGGCCUCAUACGCUACAGCAUGAGUUUUGGACGGAUUUAUGCGACAUUUUUCUCUUACCUUACAAGCAUAUUACCUCAUAUCUGCAAGUAUUCAGUGGGAACAACAGAAAAUUAUAAUUUUUCAUACAACCAUUUUGAAAUAUUUUUCGUAGUGACUUGUAACAUCAUCUUCGUUUUAGACCGUUUUUCAUUCGGGUGCUGUUCAGAUGUAGCGAACAGUCAUCGUGGAGUACGUUAAUUAUUUUUGACAUAUUUACGUACUUUAAGGUACUAGUAUCCCCUAUCUAUGAUAUUCUAAAUGCUCAUGUGUUCAUUGAAAUGUUACCUGAAGAAGUGUCAAUGCUCACAUUUCCUCUAUGUUCUAUAUCAAUCAUACUCUGUUAGUAAGUAAGUGUUACUUUUUCUAGUACUAGGUGGAACUACAGUGGUCCGUAAAGUAUUUCGUGACAAAGCAACUAAUCGCCUCCUGAAAUGAAAAACUGUGUGAGUGAAUUGUGUGAGCAAAGGAUUGAAUGGCUCAGUGUAAGAAAGCAGAGUUUUUUUCUGCACACGCGAACUUUUGAGAAGAGCACAAAUUUUACUAUAACAACAAUUAUGAGCCCUAUAAAGCAAAACCGCGUGCCUGUUGAUUAAUGCAUGUCUGUGUGUGCGUGAAUGUUGAGAUUAGUAUCAGAGGCAGUCCUUAGUGUGAUUAAGCCUCUCGUGGCUUUCUUUGCUGCUAUUUUGAACCCUUCAGUAACUGUGACCGAACUUAGCGAAAACUAAACGUGAGAAUAACUGUCUUUUUCGUAAA